AUGCACUCUGAAGAUCUGGCCACCCGGUGUGUUUCAUGGUUUACCGUUUGCAUCGUCUUGAGCCUUUACAUCUCUGGUAAUCUGGCCUAUCAUUGGCUGCUGAAGCCCUCGAUCUCGUGGGCCUUGCUCUUCAACCUCACGUGGCUUCUGGCGCUGUGGAGCUACCUGCAGACCUCGCUCACCGACCCCGGCACGCCCCACAGCGCCGAGUGGCGCGACUGGGCCAAGGUUCGCCGAGGUGGACGCUCCGUGGAGCAAUGGCAGAAAGAGGCCGAAGAGGCGCAGGAGGGCCAGCCUGAUACUCGAAGGACCUGGUCUCCUGGGAAGCCCAGUUGGUGUCGGAGCUGCCGCACGGAACGCCCGGAAAGAGCGCAUCAUUGCACAGCUUGUGGCUGCUGUGUCUUGCGAAUGGACCACCAUUGCCCUUGGAUUGGAUCUUGUGUUGGUUGGCGAAACCACAAGUACUUCCUUCUGUUGAACUGGUGGUCUUUCUGCUCCUGUUUGUGCUUCUUAUUGGGUAUGACCCAGAAAGGCAUCCUAGAUGUGAUGAGUACUCCAGACAUUAGCACCAGCAGUAUCUUGCUCAUGGUGGCGACGAUCUCAAUCGUGAUCUUCUUCCUGCUGACAGGCUGUUUGUUUGCGAUGUCGCUCUACUCCGCCAUGAGGAACGUCACCACCAUUGAGGAUUUCUUCUCCGGCGAAAAUCCGUACAUGCUGCAGUCCUCCUUGGAGAACCUCACGCAGCUCCUUGGGGCUCCCGGCCUCCGGUGGCUUUUGCCCGUGCCUUGCACUUGCAGGCCGUGCGAUGGCACUAGCUUCCCCUUGGCAGAGCACUUGCUUUGCCAGGUGGAUGUGAGAAGCUAUGGGAGCGUUUGA